GACCUACUUCUGUUUAAUUGGAUAAGCAUUCAGUCUCUACCGAGAGAGAGAGAGAGAGAGAGCGAGAGAGAGCGAGACCGACUGGACCCACACUGUGCAAACCGUUAUCCACCCGUAUCCACCUGCAAAUAAUGCGUUCAUGGAAUCUGCACAUUCCUCGCUGACGUCACGUCACGGCGGAACCGAAGAAUGGAGCAGUCGCCGCGCGAAACACGCUCUCGUGCUGUUAUGAUGUUAUGAAGUGCACUUUGGAAUAUUUCCUCGCGAGACGGAAUGUCCCACGGAAGCGCAAGUGAACAACAGGUGGAUUCCGAGGCCAAUCCAGCCCUGGAAGUAGCCAUACUUCUGUGUCUCUCCGCCCCUAUGAGUAACCAUAGCAAAGACACCGUAAAAUCCAGCGUACCGGAAAGAAGCUGAAUAACGCGCUCGCGAUGUGGAUCAUUUCAACGUUGACGUGACACGUUAAGCGUUAAGAUUGACUAACUUACUGACACAGUUCAUUCGGAAUGAUGUCACUUUACAUCUGAAAUCGUCUUCUAAUAAACAGAGCCUGUGUAUUUCUGUCCCAAGGGAGUGUUUGAAGACUUUUGGAGUUAUAAUGCCUGUCAGUAACGGGUCGGUGAUGGAUUUGCCGUCUGGAUACGUGAAAAUAAAGGCGCAUUACGGAGGGGACAUGCUGAUCUCUGACUUGGAUUUGGCCAUGACGUACAUAGAGGUGUGUGAGGAGGUGAGAAAGAUGUGUGGUGUCCGCAGAGAGAUGCCGAUAACGCUCAAGUGGAUCGACGAUGAAGGGGACCCGUGUACCAUCUCAUCCCAGAUGGAGCUAGAGGAAGCAUUCCGGAUCUACAACCGGAACCGGUGCUCAGGACUCCUUUUGCAUGUAUUCCCAAGCAUCCCUGAAAAACCUGGUAUGCCGUGCCCAGGAGAGGACAAAUCGAUCUAUCGCCGUGGAGCUAGACGAUGGAGGAAGCUGUACCGGGUGAACGGACACCUCUUCCAGGCCAAGCGCUUUAACAGGAAAGCGUACUGUGGCCACUGCAGCGAGAGGAUAUGGGGACUGGGGCGUCAGGGCUACAAGUGUAUCAACUGCAAGCUUCUGGUCCAUAAACGCUGUCACAAGCUCGUCUCACUGACCUGUCAAAGGCAUAUGGAUCCAGUCAUGCCAUCACAGGAGCCGUUGGUAGAUGAUGAUAAAAGUGGAGAGGAAGUGGAGCUCCCCCCUGAGGACCCUGAAGAAACAGACGCAAUUCCAGUCCCUUUCUUAGCACACAACCGGAAAGUGGAGAAAGCUGAAGAUGACACCGAGGAUCUGAAGGCGGUGGUGGACGGGAUCGAGGGGAUUCAGAUCUCUCAGUGUCUCGGCCUGGGGGACUUUGACAUGAUCCGGGUCAUCGGGAGGGGCAGUUACGCUAAAGUGCUGCUGGUCCGACUCAAGAAGAACGAACAGAUUUACGCCAUGAAGGUGGUGAAGAAAGAGCUGGUCCAUGAUGAUGAGGACAUUGACUGGGUCCAGACAGAGAAACACGUGUUUGAACAAGCAUCGACCAAUCCAUUCUUAGUGGGACUUCACUCUUGCUUUCAGACAGAAAGCCGGCUGUUUCUAGUGAUUGAGUAUGUGAAUGGAGGAGAUCUUAUGUUCCAUAUGCAGAGGCAGCGGAAGCUUCCAGAGGAACAUGCCAGAUUUUAUGCUGCUGAAAUUUGCAUCGCUCUUAAUUUUCUGCAUGAGAAGGGCAUUAUUUACCGGGAUUUAAAACUGGACAAUGUACUAUUGGACCAGGAUGGCCAUAUCAAACUUACAGACUAUGGCAUGUGCAAGGAGGGAAUCAGACCAGGUGACACCACCAGCACAUUCUGUGGGACGCCCAACUACAUCGCCCCAGAGAUCCUGAGGGGAGAGGAUUACGGGUUUAGUGUAGACUGGUGGGCACUGGGUGUGCUCAUGUUUGAAAUGAUGGCAGGUCGAUCUCCCUUCGACAUCAUCACUGACAAUCCUGACAUGAACACAGAGGAAUAUCUCUUCCAAGUAAUUUUGGAGAAGCCGAUCCGGAUUCCCAGGUCAUUGUCUGUUAAGGCUGCGAGUGUGCUGAAAGGUUUUCUGAACAAGGACCCGAAAGAGAGGCUGGGAUGCCAAGUUCAGACCGGAUUCACAGACAUCAAGGCUCAUACGUUCUUCAGAAGCAUAGACUGGGACCAGCUGGAACAGAAGCAGGUGACGCCACCGUUCAAACCUCAGAUCACAGACGACUACGGUUUAGAAAACUUUGACACGCAGUUCACCAACGAACCCGUGCAGCUAACACCAGACGACGAGGAUGUGAUUAAGAGAAUAGACCAGUCUGAGUUUGAAGGAUUUGAGUACAUUAAUCCUCUGCUGCUCUCCACUGAAGAAACCAUAUGAGGGAAGAACAAUACGGCCGAUGUUUCUCUGCCUGCGGCUCCUUGAGACUUCUACAGCUGAGUUUAACUCAGACUAUGUGUUCACAGAGAAGAGCUUUUCCUUCAAACUGCGUUAAAGACAAAAAGCAACACUAAGACUUCAAGUUUUGGACCCUCCCCGAGUUAUUUUAGGAUUACACUGGAAGAAGAACAACUGGAGGAACUUCAGAAAACCAACUCAGAACUAUUCCCCAUAUUUCAGCUGUUGAUUGUCUUCCUGCUUCCCAGCGUCCUCUUUAAUUUUGACACUCAUCUUUGUGUGAAUGUGCGCGCACUGUUGCCUGGGACUCAAGUUAGCUCCAUCGAUGUGUGCCUGCGUCCUUCAGAGACUACAUUUCCCAUCAACCCUAGCUGAAUAUGACAGUUCUAACUUAAUGUGCACUUUUUAUUUUCUGUUCGACUUUUUCUUUUCUUUUUUAAACCUCUUGAAUCUUGUGUGAGGUGCGUCCUCAAGCAAAACAAGAAUGUAUAAUGUUUAAAGGUAAAUGUUGUAUUAUAGUGUAGGUAGCCAAUUGAAGAAUUUAUGAUGCCUUCUAUGAUGCAAAGUGGCACAUUUUAAUUCAUGACCAUGAUGGUUUCCUAAACAGUGGGUAGCUGUGCUUCAAACCACAUGCUUUUAACCACUCGCGUUGAUUUUACUGAGUAAAUGGGAGAUAAAAUGUGUUUUUUUGAAGAAGUGCCUCAAAGAUCCAAAAUUCACCAUGCUCCAAACUGCUCUGAACUCCAUGUUUGAUCAGAGUUGAUUUUCCAAUGCACCAUCCAAUGAGAAAUAUGCAGGUGUUUUUUUUUUUUAUUGAUUUUUUUUAUACUUAACAUAAACACUGAUACAUAUGUUGAAACCAAGACAAGGUUAGACACUGAAUAAUCACAAAGCCCAAAUACAUAUUACCAGCCUAGGCUCAUUGGAAAAAUCUGUCCCUACUUACAUUUUUGCAUAACUUCAAAAACAGUUUCCAACUGAAAUGAACACUAGUGGCAAUAAAACACCUACAACUUUCAAUCCAGGCAGGUUAUUGAUUAAUAAAGACUUAUUUUCUAGCAGUUCCUUGCACAAUACUAUAUUACGACCUGAAAACACUUUUACCAUAGUGCAUGAUUUGUAAACUAAUACAUUUUGACGCUUACAUCACAUAAUCAGCUCUAAAUGGCUAUUCUGGUGUAACAAACUUGCUUGCUAGCUCACCUAGUACCGCAUUGCGCAUGUGAUGUGGAAUGUCCUGUGUACGAGUCCUGUGAAACACAAGUCAAGAUAAACGAGCUCAAAGGCGCGUAGAAGCAAGCUAAAAUUGCGUUUUUUAGUGCAGGUGCUACGUUAUUUUCAAACGCAACAGUGCAUUAACCUUUUUGCUCCACUCACCUGACAUUUCAUUUCAUUCGUACUGCCUCGAUAUUUAAAACCAACAUAAUAAAACGUUGCCAAACUCACAUUCAUCUGUCUCUGAUAAAACUGAAAUCGCUUUUAGCGCAACUCAUUUUUAAAUUUCCGCGAACUGAAGCAACUUACAUAAUUUUGCAUAAAUAUUGCCACAGUCAUGAUUUUCCAAUGAGCCUAGGUUUAAUUUUACGGUAGCAUUCUUCACAACUGCACACUACAUUAGUCAAAUAGCUGCUCCUCACUCUGAUAAGAGGGUUUUGUGUUGUUGUACUCAUGUGAUCUGUCGACGUGCUGUUGAGAUGUUGUGGAGGGCGAGAGAACACAAACAAGGGGUUUGUACAUCAUGUCUCUGGUGUGAUGUGGUGGUAAAAUUGUGCAACAGUGAUGUGAAUCUCAGAUGACCUCAAAGCCCAAAUUCAACCCAUUACAACACUCAAUAUACGACACAAAUAGCUCAGAAUGCUAAUCUUAUCUAAUUUUAUUACAGGCUAUGUUCGGAAUAGAAUUCUAGCCUACUAGUUGUCGUGUAUUCUGUAUUCUACUAUUUUUACUAAUAGUAGGUGAAAUGAUUGUCGAUAAACAUCAGUAUGCUGUCACAUGGUAUCUUGCAUAUAAGCAACUUAUUUCAGAAUCUUUGUGUCAAAAUGCUGUUUGACAGGGUUCCCACGGAUCCUUGAAAUCAUUUAAAGUUUGUGAAUCUGAAAAACAAAAUUCAAGGCCCUGGAAAGUUUUUUAAAAAUUAGAUACAGGUCCUUGAAAGUGCUUGAAUUUAUUUUGUACCAGAGCUUUUCCGGGGGAAAAAAAACACUAAUGUGGUAUUUUGCCAACGCUUCGUGGCCUAUGCACACUAGCUUACUUGAUUUAAUUACACACAUUUACGCGUUACAUUAAGUGUUUCCCGCGUGAGGUACUUUGUUAUAUGUUGCCAUGAUGCAAACGAAACCGCUGCGAUGGUACCUUAACGUUUCACAGACACACCGUGAAACUUUGCAAAAAUAGGCUGAAACCA